UGUUUACAAAAUCACUUCAACUGUGUGUUCCCCAAAAAGUGCUAACAAACUUGGGAUAGGCGCAAAAAUAAGUGCGGUAAAGGAUAAAUAGAAGCUUCCGGCUUCUACAGGAGUGACGGUUUUGUAAGGGAGCGUCAGACACUAGUCUGAAUCUCAAUACUAGACCGUAGCUCAAUUCGUGCAGUGAGGAGUGAAAGAAGAAACAGCAGCCAAGCUGUGGCGCAAAUCAUCAAUUCAACCAGCACCAAACAUGGGUGAAAUGAACGGCGAGGGCGAAAUCAAAGUGCUGGAAAAUGACAUACGCACGUUGCGAAAGCAGCUGCAGGAGAAGGUUCAGCAACUGAAGACCUUGAAAAAGCAUUUUCAGAAAAAUUGCAUUACCAAGCUGAACAACGAUGAGAUUGCACGCUACAGCCGCCAGAUUAUUCUGUCCGAGAUCGGUGUACAGGGCCAGUUGAAGCUGAAAAAGGCUUCAGUGCUGGUGGUUGGUGCCGGUGGGCUUGGAUGUCCCGCGUCCCUCUAUCUAGCCGGUGCCGGUAUUGGGCGCAUCGGUGUGCUAGACUACGACGAGGUGGAGCUGACGAACCUUCAUCGCCAACUGCUGCACACAGAAGCCACGGUCGGUUUGACCAAGGUCACAUCGGUACAGUCGUAUCUGGAGCAGCUGAACUCGCAGAUAGAAAUUCAGACACACCACACACAGCUAACGAGCGACAAUGCUAUGACCAUUCUCGAGCAGUACGAUGUGGUUGUCGAUGCAACGGACAAUGUGGCCACCCGCUAUCUGCUAAAUGAUGCGUGCGUAAUGCUACACAAACCGCUCGUUUCUGGCAGCGCGUUACAGCUCGAAGGACAGCUAACGGUGUACAACUAUCGCGGUGGACCCUGCUAUCGUUGCCUAUUCCCGAGCCCUCCACCACCCGAAUCGGUCACGAAUUGCGGUGACGGGGGUGUCCUGGGCGCCAUAACCGGUGUGAUCGGUGCACUGCAAGCAUUGGAAACGAUCAAGAUCAUCCUAUCGAACGAGGGUGUACUGAGCGGCCGGUUGCUACUGUUCGAUGGUCAGCAGAGUGCGUUCCGCAAUUUGAAACUACGCCCCAAAAAACCAACCUGUGCCGUUUGCUCUGAAACACCCACACUCACCAAGUUGAUCGACUACGAACAGUUUUGUCAAAUGAAAGCAACCGAUAAGGACACGGCACUGACAGUGCUGCAACCGUGCGAACGGAUUUCCGUGCGUGAAUAUCACGACGGUUGGCUGUCGGUUGGUCGCGGACAUUUGCUGGUGGACGUACGUGGUGCCAAUCAGUUCGAAAUGUGCCAACUACCCGGCACUUCCGUUAAUAUCCCCAUCGAGGACAUUCUGAGCAACAGGCGAACCGGAGAGAUAUUCGAACGCGCCCAGCAAACGAUGCUCCCGGUGUAUUUCGUUUGUCGACGGGGUAACGAUUCGCAGCUAGCCGUAAGGCAUCUUGCACCGAUGUUCCAGGAACGGGAUCUUCCUGCGCCACGUGACUUGAUCGGAGGGCUGCACGCCUGGACAAAAACGGUUGAUCCAAACUUUCCCAUCUAUUGAUGGUUCUGCGUUUUGUUUCUUUUUUAUCUUCUCACUAUCUUUGUUAUUCCGUUUUUUGAGCACAAUAAAAUCGUACCAUUCAGAGUCGCAUAGCGACAGCAUAAUCUUUU